UGCAAUUAUGAGAAAGAGAGAACGAGGGCGAAAAGGUUGAUGGUCGUUCACCAACUUGGAUCAAGAAGCCUACGGAAGAAGGGCUAUCGACAAAAGCUCCAAUCACAUGCUGUAAUCGCACGCGCGAUCUGCUUUUUUCUUUUCUUUUUCAAACGUAAUUCUCCGUAUCGUCGUAUCGUGCGCAGACUCCGAAUCCGAAUUACACGCUUCAAAGUACUGUCAUAAAACAAGCGCCCCUCGUAUUUAAAAAAGGCAGGUGCUCUAUAUUCCGCAAGUUGUAAACGACGCCGUUUCACAUUUUCCAUUUCUGCAUCUUCUUCACUGUUCACGUUUCUCCACCAUGUCUUAAACCUUUUUCCUUUUCCUUAGUCUUUAUGUCUGGUCGCUACUCCAACUGUCCCCUCUAAUCCUCUACUCCACCCCCAAAAUAUCAAAAUACAAUUUUUUUUACAAGAUCUUAGUUUCAGAGUGCUAAAAGAAAUUUCUCAAAAAAGAAAAAGAGAAGUCCUGUAAUGUCUUUUGGGCCUCCGGGAGUGGCGUCGGGCCCAACGUUACCGUUUUUGCCGUCGGAUAAUGCAACUGCUCCACCACCUCCGGUGGACCCCAGUAUAACUCCUCCGUCUACAGGCGUUGCUAGUCCGCCGUCUCCGGCGACCUUGAUAAUUCCGCCGCCUACAUCGGGUAAUGGAACCUCUAGAACGGGUGCUCCGUCGUCGAACAGUACUACUUUAGUGGCACUAGGAGUAGGAAUUGGGAUUGGGGGAGCACUUGUGCUUAUUUGCGUGGGCAUUUUUGCCAUUUGGUAUAAGAGGAGAAAAAGGCGUCUUGGAUUGGAUGGUUUUGGUCAUGCUCCUUCACAAGGCCCCAAAGAUAAUUUUUUUGGAGGUCAACAUCAUCAAUGGAAACAAAAUGCUCCUCCAUCAGCAGAAAACAUGGUGAGGAUACCACUAAAUCCCUCUCCUCCACCAGCUGUUACAUCAGGUUCACAAGUAUCGUCAGUAGAUGGAUCUACUCCUCCACUGCCACCUUCCAACUUGAGUUUCUCCAGAACUACAUUUACCUAUCAAGAAUUAGCAAAUGCUACCGAUAACUUCUCUGUUACCAACCUCCUUGGUCAGGGUGGUUUUGGAUAUGUAUACAAGGGAGUAUUCCGUGAUGGGAAGGAGGUUGCAAUUAAGCAACUAAAAGUUGGAAGUGGGCAGGGAGAGCGUGAAUUUCAAGCAGAGGUGGAGAUUAUUAGUCGCGUUCAUCACAAGCAUCUUGUUUCAUUGGUUGGACACUGCAUUUCAGGGGUCCAGAGGUUGUUAGUUUAUGAGUUUGUCCCAAACAAAACCUUGGAGUUCCACUUGCAUGAAAAAGGAGACAUAACAGCAGGCAAGGAGCAUUCUCCACUAAGCUGGGAAACUAGGAUGAGAAUUGCUUUAGGCUCUGCAAGAGGAUUGGCGUAUCUGCACGAAGACUGUCAUCCCAAGAUCAUACAUCGUGAUAUCAAGGCCUCCAAUAUUCUUAUUGAUGAUAAUUUUGAUGCAAAGGUGGCUGAUUUUGGGCUUGCGAGGUUGAAUUAUGACACUGAUACUCACGUGUCCACACGAGUAAUGGGAACUUUUGGGUACUUAGCUCCUGAGUAUGCUCUUACUGGGAAAUUGACUGACAAGUCUGAUGUCUUCUCUUUUGGAGUCAUGCUUUUGGAGAUUAUAACUGGACGACGGCCAAUUGAUAAAGCUCAACACUACCUUGAUGAUAAUAUUGUUGACUGGGCGAGGCCUUUGCUUACCCAGGCCCUGGAUGAUGGCAAUUUUGAUACUCUAGCCGAUCCAAGGUUGGAGAAGAAUUAUGACUCUACUGAGAUGACCCGCAUGGUUACUUGUGCUGCUGUUUGUGUGCGCCAUCUGGCACGUUGCAGGCCUCGUAUGAGUCAGAUUGUCAGAGCUUUAGAAGGAAAUUUGCCGUUGGAUGAUUUAAAUGAAGGACUUAGACCUGGACAUAGUGGUAUAUAUGAAUCUUAUGGGAGCUCGGAUUUCGACUCUGCCCAGUACAAGGAAGACCUUAAGAAAUUUAGAAAGAUGGCACUAGAAAGCCAGGCACAGAACUCUAGUGAAUGCAGUGGACCUACCAGCGAAUUCGGCCCACAUCCCUCCGGUUCAAGUAGUGAAGGCCUAAGAACAACUCAAGAUACACACCCUAGUAUUGAUGGUCGACGAGACAUUAGAAUAGAGUAGAAGGCAGCCAGGAAACAGAAACGAGAAUUUUUCGAACAUAAAGGAGCAAAGUGAUGGAACUCUUAUCAGAAAUUUGUUGGACGUGGUAGUUUGGUUAGAGAAUUGUUGAAUUUGGCAUACCUUUUAUAUGCCAUUGCUCUUUGUAAUUAUCUAUUAAAAUAGGUGCUGGUGCAGAUUUUUUAUUGUUACAUGUAAAGAUAGAAUGACUAACAGCAGUUGAGGAAGUCAUGAGAACUUUCACUUGGUGAAAGUGUCUGACCAUUAUUAGAAGUGUGGGCUUUUUAAACCGAAUGGCAGUUAAAUAUGAUCCUUGAAACUGUUUCCAUUGGCAAAGGGUUUGGAGUUAAUUGGAGCACUUUCAUGUUGGAAUAUAAAAUGAAACAGCUGGCUUGGUUUCGUGUUGUUUUGACCUGCUCUA